AUGCCUCUCUUUAAAGAAGCUCCGCCAAAGGUCCUCGUGCCUGAGAAGCUGUCCGCCGAUGGCCUGGCUCUACUACGGGGCUCACUCGACGUGGACGAGCGCAAGAGCCUGACUCCAGAGGAGCUGUUGGAGAUCAUUCCCAACUAUGAUGCCCUCCUUGUUCGUUCGGAGACCAAAGUCACUGCGACCGUGCUGCAGGCAGCUCGGCGCCUGAAGGUUGUUGCUCGUGCUGGUGUUGGGGUUGACAAUGUUGAUGUCGCGGAGGCUACUAAACUGGGCAUUGUCGUGGUCAAUUCACCGUCCGGUAAUAUUGGAGCUGCUGCUGAACAUACCAUUGCAUUGAUGAUGGCCAUGGCACGAAAGAUUCCCGAGGGUUGCGCCAGCCUCAAGGGUGGAAAAUGGGAACGCAGCAAGUUUGUUGGUGUCGAGGUCAAGGGAAAGGUUUUGGGAGUCAUUGGACUCGGAAAGGUGGGCUUGACGGUAGCUCGUCUGGCCAAGGGCCUCGGUAUGACUGUCAAUGCAUUGGACCCAUAUGCGUCGCCAGCUGUGGCAGCUUCAGCCUCUGUAACUCUUGUCACCUCCUUGCCAGAGCUUCUGAAAUCGGCCGAUUUCCUCACGAUCCACACUCCCUUGAUUGCCUCGACUCGAGGAAUGAUCAGCGAGGCUGAAUUAGCCCAGAUGAAGCCAGGCUCUCGGAUCCUCAAUGUGGCUCGCGGUGGAACCAUCGAUGAAGCCGCUCUACUUGCAUCGCUGGAGUCUGGACAUUUGGCUGGCGCAGCGGUGGAUGUUUUUACUUCCGAACCCCCGGUUGCCGAUUCCACGGCAUCAAAGCUGAUUGCUCAUCCUCGAGCAGUCGUCACUCCCCAUCUCGGUGCAUCCACUGUGGAAGCUCAGGAAAAUGUCUCCGUCGAUGUAUGUGAGCAAGUACUGGAUAUUCUGCAUGGAUCGCUCCCUCGAAGUGCUGUCAAUGCACCUCUCAUUCUUCCCGAAGAGUACCAGAAGCUACAACCAUUCGUGCGCCUCGUUGAGAAGAUUGGCAGUCUAUAUACUCAACACUACGCUGUUCUCCCUGGGGGAGCCCCGGCCCGAAACACAUUCGAUUUGAUUUAUCAAGGCGAAGUCGCCACCAUCAACAACACAAAGCCACUCUUUGCUGCUCUCAUCAAGGGUCUCCUGGCACCUAUCAGUGGCUCCGAGGGAAUCAACAUUAACAUCGUGAAUGCCGAGCUCGUUGCUCGCGAGCGUGGCAUUUUCGUGAACGAGCAGCACUCCCGUGAUCCUGCUGAUACCUCGUCUUACUCUUCGCUGGUCACACUUGUGGCACGCUCGCCAUCUCGAGCUUCAUCCCGCGCUCCUGGUCCUACUGAUACAUCUGGUACUGGCGCCCAGGUACCACACCAGAGAAUCAUAUCGGGUACCUGCUCUGGUGAUCAGCCGCUGAUCACUCGUCUUGGUCGAUUUGAAGCAUCGUUCGAACCUGAAGGCACCCUUCUUAUCUGCGAGAACUAUGACUCUCCCGGCAAGAUCGGCGUUGUGGGUAGUCUUCUCGGCCAGGAGGGAGUCAACAUCAACUUCAUGACUGUUUCUCCCGUCUCGCCAAAGCUGAUGACUGGUAAUGACCAGGUUGAGAGUAUCCCUAGCAAAGAUGGUAGUGCGGACAUCGUGGUCAAGGAAGAUUUGCAUGCCUCAAAAGAGGCGCUUAUGAUUCUGGGUAUUGAUCGUGGCGUGUCGGCAAGGGUCACUGAGGAUUUGGUUAAGGAGGGCGGUGUUUUGAGUGCUUGUGCUGUUACACUCUGA